AUGAAAAUUCAGUGCAUUUUUGAGGACAACAUAUUUUUGUGUGGCAAAAACUUCUUCACUUGCGUGGUCAGUAAACAAAUAAUUCUCGAAAAAAAUGAAAUAAGGCUGACUGGAUGUAAUGGCUAUCAAGAAAUAAUAAAUGAGGAAGUUAGAGCUGUCGUGUUUAAAGACUGUCAAAUUACAAAAGUUCCACAAGGACUCACAAAAAUCUUUCCAAACUUGAAAAUCUUGAGCAUCUGGAGAUCGAAUUUGAAGACCGUGACUAAGACUGACUUGAUUGAGUACCGGAACAUUGAAAGGAUUGGAUUCUGCAAUAAUUUAAUUGAAUAUUUUCCUGGUGACUUGUUUGAAGGCUUCAGGAACUUGAAUGAAAUUGGAAUGUUUGGAAAUAAGCUAAAAAUCAUAGAACCGAAUGUACUGGAGGGUCUGGACAAGCUAGAGCAUGUUGACUUUAGGGACAAUGACAAGUACACAAAAUGUUACUCAAAACUUGCAACUUAUCAGUCAAAUGCGACUCUGGAUGAUGUUAAAAAUGAGAUUUUCGUGCGUUACUAUAAAGACCAUAAAAACAUUGACAAAAUACUCAAAUCUGGAGAUGAAAAUAAAGUUUUAAGGAACUCCAACGAUUUCUUGACACAACGAGUACAAAGACUGGAAAAUGAGAUUCGAGACUUGAGGCAAAAGUUGGACAGGUCGGAAAAAAUUCAAAAAAUACUCAAUUUACAGAAAAAACUUGAUGGGAUCAAUUUAGCUAGUCCAGAUGUCAAGAAGCAGAAGUCACCUCUUAAAGUCCCAACAAACAUUAUCACAGACCUCAAAAACCUCCUUCAAACCGAUGAAAUCUUUAAAGACCUCAAAGUUGUGAUCGACGGGAGAGAAUUUCCAGUCCAUAAAAUCCUCAUCGCUGCUCGAAGUCCAACUCUGGCUGAAAUACUCAGAAACAACCCUGAAGUUGAAAAUUUAAAUUUAAUCGACAUUUCUGUGGACAUUUUUGAGAUAAUUCUUAAAUUUCUCUACACUGAUGAACUUCCAGGCGACGAUGGGACGAACUUUUUACAUCUUUUUGCAGCUGCUGGAAAACUGAAGAUUGAGGAACUCAAAAAAUACUCAGGAACUCAGCUAAUCAAUCAAGUUGAUGGCAAUAAUGCAUUGGAUAUCCUUAAAAUGAGCAACAAAUAUCAACAAAUGGAGCUAAAACACAAAUCAUUCGAUGUGCUUAAAAAGGAAUAUCCAAAGAUAGUAUUUGAAGACGAAUGGGCAACGGACAUUGAAAAAUUUGGGGAUGGCUUGACAUACGAGGAACUGAAGAGUUCGAAUGAAAUUUUAACACAACGAUUGAAAAGACAAAAGCAUGAGAUCCAGGACUUGAAGCAGAAGCUUGACAGGUGUGAAAAAGUUCAAAAGAUAUUCAGCAUUCAGAAGAAGCUCGAUGACAACAAAAUAAUCACAAAGGAACCAGAAUCAUCAAAUAAAAUGCCUAUAAAAGUUGUCACAGACAUCGCGAACUUCCUGUAUGGUGAUGAAACUUUUAAAGACCUCAAAAUUGAAAUCGAAAGUCAUAAAUUUUCAGUCCAUAAGAUCGUAGUGGCAGCUCGAAGUCCAACUCUGGCUGAAUUACUGAAAGCCAACCCUGAAGCCAGCAAUUUGAAGCUAGUUGACAUUUCUGUGGAAACGUUUGAGAAGAUUCUUAAGUUUCUGUACACGGAGGAGCUUCCAAGAGACGAUGGGACGAACUUUUUACAUCUUUUUGCGGCCUCUGGGAAGCUGAAGAUUGAUGAACUUCGGGAAUAUGCAGGAACUAAGCUGGUCAACAUGAUUAAUAAGGAAAAUGCAGUUGAAGUAUUCAAAUUGAGCAGCACAUACGGAGGCUUUAGUUUAAGGCAAAAAUCAUACGAAAUUAUUAAAAAUAUUUAUUCAGAAAUUUCAUUUGAGGAUAAAUGGUUUAAGGAUCCUGAGUUUGUGUUGGGAGUUGUUCAAGCUUUUCAUGCUCGGGAGGAUGCAAUUAAGAAAGCUAAUGAGGAUUUUGAUAAGUUUAUUGAAUAUGGCAGAACUAAAAUGUGA